GUUGUGGCCGCCAGUGACCCUCAAAGACUCAGCCUGGCCGGACGUACUCCCGGCCACUCUCUCUCGUCAGUGGCAUUAUAAGUGGGACACUCUAGCCUCACCCUGUAGUGUGUCACAGCCAAACUCCCAGACACCCACGCUCGGAUAAGUGUGCACAGCCUAUUGGAAACUGACUCACCAGUUGCAGUGACUGAGUGACUCACUAGCUGCGGUGAUUGACUCACCAGCUGACUUAACACCUGUAAGGAUUGAGUGACUACUCAAAGAACUGACUCAUUACUUGUAGGGAUUGAGUGACUCAACUCAAAGAACUAACUCACCAGAGACCAAGUGAAUCAAAACCAGAAUCUGUCUCAAGGGCAAAGUGAAUCUAUUUAAGGAAAGUCACACGUUACAUUUGUAAACAUUGAAGAAGAAAAAACCGGAUCUUGUUAAGUCGAGAUUAAAAACGACGACAAAAAACCCGCACGAGUCUCCGAAGAACGUCGACAAAAACACAGAAAAAUAGUCCAAAAAAGACCAAAGCAAAAACGACUACCAGAGACUUCAAACGACCGCAGAGAAGGUCACAAGAAAGACCGCAAUCAGAGACCGUAAGGGAACGGUUAAAGCGGGCAGUUAAGGUAUCAAAAGACCGCAAAUAAAAUGACUUAAAUAGACAGUGAAGGACCGCAACAAAAGACUUCAAAAGACCUCUUAAGUCCGCAAAAGAAGACCACAUCAAGGGUCUCAAAACAAACAACAAAAGACCCCAAUAAGACCACUGAGACCGUAACCAUGGUCUACUUACCACCCGGACACGGAGGUUACAUACCCUUCGUGGAGCUGCCCUGUGAGAGAUACCUGGGAGAGACACUACAGUGGAUCCUAACUCUCGCUCUCUCGCCUCUCACCUGUCCUCUAGUCCCCUGGCUCUGUUGCCCCUUUGAGAUAGAGGACACCAGCAUCACCAUCUCCAAUCGACAGGAGUGUAACACCCCAGGGGCGGCCUACGGGUCCACGGCCUUCUGGACCAUGCAGGGCGUCUCCAUCAUUGGUCUGGUGUUCGCCAUGGCUAGCCUGGCGAACUGCGCCGCCGGGCUAGCAGGCAUACCGCUUGGUCUGCCUGGCGGAGUUCUUCCCCUGACGCUGGAGCUGCCUGACCUUCGCAUGGCACUGUCUGGCAUCGAGGUGGAUAAAGUCAAUGAAGAGGGCCAACUCAAUGUCAUCAAGAAGAGGGUCAUAGACAUCUUAAAGGAGAAAUAUAAACAGGAACUAGAGAAGAAGAGGCGAAUGGAUACGAUUUUGAUGAAGGAGGAGAUGGAAGAGAAUAAGAAGAAGGAAGAGGUUGAUAGUAGUAUUCUUCCCGAGUAUGAUAAUGCCACGCUGGGUCAGGAUUUGUCUCACAGUAGAAAGAAGAGAGAAGUUGUUCCAAACCUUCGUAUACCGACGCUGUUGGGGCAUGUACCAGGCCCGGAUGACCAGCGAGUAGAUCCUUGUGAAAGAGACGAGAUCUUGGCUGAGGACGGUGACUGUUAUGAGGUGUUGAGCCAAGGACCUUGUGAAGAUAAUGACAUUCUCCUGAUGGAUCCCUACACACGGAAGGGUUUCUGCGGGCCGCGACUGUGUGCACCUGACCGUGUGUUCGUCUUCAGUGACCAGCAGUGUCACGACCCCCGGGAGUAUGGCAUCUGUCCCCCUGGCCGCCAACUCUUCACCACCAGCUAUGGGACGCCUGUGUGUGGGUGUCCUGACGGUACCUACGAGGAGGACGAUGAUCUGGACGAUGACGUGUGUGAGCCCGUCCUUGGCCACAUCAGUAAUUGCCCCCCGGGACAGGUAUUCUGGUUCGAUGACUUCAGAAACCCACCUGUAUGUCGGCCGGAUCCUUGUAAGGGCCUGAAUCUGAAACGAGGCCCUGAAGACCUUCCUUACGUCCCAGCCCUGAAGGAUGGCAAGUGUUACCAAGUCGGGUCGAAGCCGGCCAUCUGCUCGUCGGACCAGUAUUACUCCCUCUCCCUGGAGCUACUGCGAGGCGUCUGUUCCUCCUUGGAAGACGCGGGCUACCUCGUGCUCGACUCUGACGCUGUCCAAGCCAUUGUCGAGAUGUUCGGCAGCCUUUUACCCAGGGAAGAUUCUUCCUCUUCCACCUCUUCUACAUCAUCUACCUCACCCUCCUCCGCCAAGCCCUACAAGAAGACCAAGACGAAGACUACUCCAGCAGGAACGUAUAUCUGGAAUAAUCCUAAGAUCGGGCAGUCUGUCGUGCCGCCUGUGGAGUACGAGGACGACGACGAAGAAUCGACAUCAGCCUAUAUUGGCGCGCCGGUGGUGGCCAACCAUCACCCGGCACAGAACGAGGUGGACGGUGUCUUGAUGUUCCCGACCCACAUGAGCGCCUUCUCUGCUCCUUUCGUCACCGUUAACGGUUCCAUCACCAUCCUUGGCUUCCUAGCAGGGUUGGUGCCCAUGUCGUCACCAAUGCACCAUCGUGAGCGCCGGUCUCCACUUCCGUUCGCCUCCCCUGGCAAUGUCUUCGAGCCCGGCCUCUCCGCCUGUCGUGCUGGUGCCAAGAGAGACGGAAACGCCAAGUGUCGCAGCACGAUUCUACCCAGCAGAUAUCCUCCCUCCCGACCCCGAAGAGCAGCACCCCCCGUCCCCCCAGCGACCACCUGUGCGUCGGGCUUCUGGGGUCUGAAGCGUUCGUGCACCUCCAGCGCUAGCAGCAUCGCCUCAUCCAUCAACGCCCUCGGACUCGGUUAGGAUGCCCUGGGAUCCUCCAAGGCAAUCCAGGACACCCGAGGACCCCCCAAUGACAAUCCAGGACACCCGAAGACCCUCCAAUGACAAUCCAGGACACCCCGGGAUCCUCCAAGGCAAUCCAGGACGACCCAACACCCUUUAGGAUAACCCAUGACAAUCCAGGACCCUUUAGGAUGACCUAGGACGCCCGGGACGUUGUAGGACACUAUAAAACAUUCCAGGACAAUCUAGGACACCUCCAGGAUGCUCCCAGGAAGUUGUAGGACACCACAGAACAUUCCUGGACACCUUCCGGAUGUCCCCAGGAUGUUUUAGGACACUUUAGGACAUUCCAGCACAAUCCAAGUCACCUUUAGGAUGCCCCCAGGAAGUUGUAGGACUCUCUUGUACAUCCUAAGACGCUCCAGGAUGUUUCAAGAUCCCCAAGGAUACCCCACAAUCCAUGUAAGACAUUCCAGGACCUUUCAAGAUCCUCCAGGAACUUAUAGGACCUCUCAGAAUAAUCCAAAAUAUGUCAGGGCGAUUCAGGAUCUUCAAAAAUUUUCCAUCAUUAUUUUUCUUGGGAGUUCCAGGACAUGGCCAGCUACUCUUGGCCACUUAGAAUUGGCCCGUUAGAUUUGGCCAACUAGACUUUAUUUGCUACAUUUGGUCCAUUACACUUGAGGGAACGUGUGAUAGAUAGAUAGAUAGAUAGAUAGCCUCACGAUAGAUGCAUGUAUAGACUCAUGAUAGAUGGAUAGAUUCAUGAUAGAUGGAUAGACACAUGAUAGAUAGAUAGGCUCACGAUAGAUGGAUUAACACAUGAAAGAUAGAUGGAUACUCAUGAUAGAUGGAUAGAUUCACCAUGGAUAGAUUCAUGAAAGAUGGAUAGAUACAGGAAAUAUAAAUGGAUAGACUCACUAUAGAUAGAUGAAUAAGCACAUACUAGAUACAUGGAUAGACUUACGAUAGAUGGAUAGAUACAUGAUAGAUAGAUGAAUACUCACGGUAGAUAGAUUGAUAGACUCACGAUAGAUAAAUA